AUGAGUUCCAUUAGCUCAGAUUUUGACGCAGAGUCCUGGUCAGGAAGGCCACUAAAUGUCAUAUACGCUGGAAUUACAGAGAUCAUCAGCGAUAAUUCCAGCGGAAGAGUUGCAAUUGCUAUCCGGAACCUGACCGAUCUGGUCGACUUUCUCGUGUGUACUUGGCAUGCUCCGCGUCCAAAUGUUUCAGACUAUGCAACCGACACCAUCAUCACGGAGCUGAAAAGGUACAGGGAAAAGCAUGCCGAAAAGAUAAUUAGCGCUGCUCUGCAUCAGUCUCUUGUCUAUAGAUGUCCGUCACUAUGCUCGCGACUAUGGAGCGAACUCGACAUUGUCCCGUUGGUUUUGGACCAUAAGGACCGUGAAAGACAGCAUAAUGACCAGGGCGAGCUGACAACGUUUGCCGGGUGGCAUAAGAAGGAGCUCGACGAGCGAGCAGAUUCGAUGGUGCGGAAGUGUAUCCGUUCUUUUGGUAUUGGCCAUGUGCUGCACAAUCAUAUAAAUUUUGAUGGUUCAGUGGAUGUCGACAGAGGUUACCAUGUACACCUUGCCAGUGCGGAAGACUAUGAAAAGACGGAUCUGAGGGAAAGGGAGGUGAAGGUCGCUUUCUUCAGUAUGACCUGUCAAGGCAAGCCUGAUGUUCCGACCAGACAUGCCUUGUCAAGGUUUACCGAGAGCGUUGGGGUUCAUGUUAAAUGGUUUGUGCCGAAGCCACGUCCAGGAAUGAUUCCCCUCAUUCGAAAGAUGCAGGACACCCUGGAAGGACUAAGUGACCCCCUGUCAGAUAUCACCAUCAACGAUGAGCUACUUAUCCUCGAUUUUGCAUACUCCAACGCCAGGAGAUACUGGCUAUGCGAGAAUGGGCCCCUCAGGCCUCGUGCGGAGGGAGGCGUCGACGUAGUGAUUAUUGACAGUGCGCCGCUCUUAACAUUGGCUCUCCUGUCCAGGCAACAAGAUCCCGAGCGGCCAGUCAUUUUUGAGAGCAGUCUCCAGCCCCAGGGAGAGUCACUGAAUGAUCCCAAUAGCCCGCAGUCCCGAGCGUGGGAUUUCAUCCGAACCCGGCUAACCCACGUGGACUUGGUGGUGUCGCUACUCCCUAAGGAGCUUGCGCCGCGUAUAAUGCCAGAGGAGAAUGUUGGUUAUAUGUCAUUCUCUGUUGACCAACUCGAUGGUCAAAACAAGUCCUUAACUGACUGGGACAUUGGCUUCUACGGUCGUGAGUUCAGCUCUCUAUGCAGAACGCUCCAGAUGACCAUUAUACGCUAUCCAGAGGAGCAAUACAUUCUCCACCUAUCCCAAUUUCGACCCGGAGACGGAACACUCUGCCUUCUCCACGCAUACCAAAAGUUCUGCGACAUCUGCACCAAAGAGCGUCCAAGCCGCCAAGUCCCCAAGCUCCUAAUCUGCCACCGCGGCCCAUUCCGAACCCCCGAAAGUACCGUUUUCUACGACGCAGCAAUGUCCCAAAUCGACAGCAGCGAGACUCUAUCUGCAUCCGUCUGCAUCGUCCCCAUCGGAGCCAUUGAUCAAAUGUGGAACGCCCUACUCACGAAUGCAAGAGCACUGGUUCAGCUAUCCACUCUUCAUGGGGUCCCUGAGUUGCUUCUUGCAGCUAUUCAGAAGGGAACCCCGGUGGUUGCUGUUCGGGAAACCGAGUUGUUUCCUUUUGUGCAUGAAUCGGAGAAUGCUAUCUUGGUCGACAAGGGAGAUGAGGAGGGGAUUGCUCAGUGUUUUUCGAGGAUCUUUAGUGUUGAUAGGGUGUCUUCUGAGGAGGGAGGUGCAGGGCUUAGGAGGCUGUCUGAUGCGAAUACUACGGUUGGGAAUGCGGUUGGUUGGUUGUAUUUGGCGUCAAAAUUGUCGAGGGGGGUGAAGUUUGAGCCGAGGGGGGGAGAUAUUUUUGAGUUGGCGAGGGAGGAGGUGGGGUGUAGUGAGUGUGAUUGGCAUGCAGUGUAG